ACUAAUCGGUUUGGUUAGUGGAUAUCAUUUUUUUUGUGCCAUUAGUUAUCGGUUACUUCACUACUUGAAUUGAAAGUAUUAGGAUAUGCGAUCCAUGCUCACCCCAACACCCUCGUGAUUUGUCCAUUGUUAUUUGUUACGGUGUUACCUGAACAAAAAAAAAAAAAAAAAAAAAAAAUUCACGCUUCAAAAUAAAAUAAUGCAUAAUACAAUUAUGUCCUUGGUGGUAUUCUGAAUGACCUUGUUACUUGUAUCAUCUUUCUUCUCUUUUCUCUCUCUUCACUACUUGAACUGAAAGUAUUAGGAUAUGCGAUCCAUGCUCACCCCAACACCCUCGUAAUUUGUCCAUUGUUAUUUGUUACGGUGUUACCUGAAAAAAAAAAAAAAAAAAAAAAAAAUUUCACGCUUCAAAAUAAAAUAAUGCAUAAUACAAUUAUGCCCUUGGUGGUAUUCUGAAUGACCUUGUUACUUGUAUCAUCUUUCUUCUCUUUUCUCUCUCUUCCUCCGUCUCCGCCGUCCGCCAUUGACGCGCAUCUCCGGAGCUCCAGCUUAGAUCAAUCGAAGUUGAGGUUUAUUCGAAUUCUGCAAAAGUAGAGAAGAUGAGGCCAUCUUCUGGACGUAUCGACAUUGCUGCUAACGCUAAGAAGCUUGACGUCGAUAAUCGCAUUUCACUGCGUAUCUACUUCAGGAUCGCCGAUAAUUUACUCAGACAGGCUACUAUCUUCCGGAAUGAGAAGAAUAUUAUAGACCUCUAUGUCAUGCUUCUACGAUUUUCAAGUUUGGUAUCUGAGACUAUUCCUCGCCAUAGGGAAUAUGCAUCAUCUCCACAAAGCAAAAAAAGUUUAUUGAAAAAGCAAUUGAUAAUUGCCUUGAAUGAAUUGGAGGCUCUGAAUCCUGCUGUUAAGCAGAAAAUUAAAGAACAUGAAAGAAAGCCCAUGUACCAAGUUAUUGGAUGGAAUCAUAAUGAUCGUCCCAAUGAAAAUCAUUCUCUUAGUUCUUCUGUGCAAUGGCCUCUCAUCAAUGCACCCUCUCCAAUUAAUAGUCAAGUAGUUAAGGCAACACAAAUUUUUUCCAGGGGUGCAUAUGGAGGUUUAAAUGCUCAGCAGAAUGUUUACACCAUCCCGGUGGAAGAGAAAUUUCACAAAUUAUCUGUUUCCUUUCCCCGUCCAAAGGAGGAGACACUUUUGAGGCACUCAAUUUUGGGACCAAAUGGGCUCUGCAGGCAGUGGCAACCACCCGUUUCUGAUAAAGGGGUUCGAUAUCCCAGUAAUAUUGAUACAACUCCUGUUGAGAUUCCAAGGCUCCAACAGGUCAUGGCUAUGGAAGAUGGAGUUGCAGCUAAUAAAGAUGAAAGCACUGUGGAUUGUGAAAAACCAAUUUUGCAGCCUACAAUUGAACCUAGUAGUGAUAGUAGUCAGAAGCCACAAGAUGACGAAAAGCCAAUGAUUUCAUUUGAAGAACCCGAUGUUCCUGAAACUGUUAUUGUGAAGCAACCUAGCCCUCCGCCUGUGCUUGCAGAGGUGCAAGACUUAAUCCCUUCUGAGCCACCUCUAAAGACUGAAAAGCUUGACACAAUGGACAGUUCUUUGCAAGAUAGUUUGCUUCAGUCAGAAUCUCCGAUGGAGCUGCACAUAUCGACAAGUAUGAUGGAUACUUUCUUGAGAUUAGCUAAAUCGAACACCGCAAAAAAUCUGGAGACAUGUGGUAUUCUUGCCGGUUCGCUUAAGAACAGAAAGUUCUAUAUUACAGCUUUGAUUAUUCCGAAGCAGGAAUCAACAUCCGACACUUGUCAGGCAACAAAUGAGGAGGAGAUAUUUGAAGUGCAAGAUAAACAAUCGCUUUUCCCAUUGGGAUGGAUUCAUACUCAUCCCACACAGUCAUGUUUCAUGUCAUCAGUUGACAUUCAUACCCAUUACUCAUAUCAAGUCAUGUUGCCUGAAGCUGUUGCGAUUGUUAUGGCACCAAGAGAUAGAACCAAAACCCAUGGCAUUUUCCGAUUGACAACCCCUGGCGGUAUGUCGGUUAUUAGACAUUGUGAUCGGCGUGGAUUUCAUUCACAUGAGCAGCCUGCUGAUGGUGGGCCUUUAUACAAACAAUGUACAGAUGUAUAUAUAAAUCCCAAGUUGAAGUUUGAUGUUAUAGAUCUUAGAUGAUUAUUGAUUAACUCCAUGAAUUUUCCCCCUCCCCCAUUUCUGGUUUGCCUGAAGGCAUUGCGUUUUUCUUUGGCUUUGUAAUUGUCAUAUAACACAUUAACAGUACAUAUUGUAAAUUGAGAAAGUAAUAGAUUCAUUUCGGUUUUCUUAUCUACUAGCUAUAGCAUUUUGAAAGAUUUGAUCAUGUUAAGAAUAAAUCAUUGUACAAUCCCUCUGUUACA